AUGCCCUCGCAUCAGUUGCUUCGACGGGGCUUUCUCGGUAUGAUGGGACUCCUGUGCUUGCUCUUGGUGCACCGUGUCUUUCAUAUUGCCGACGGAAGCCCUAGUCGCAAUCAUGCCCGGGAUCUCAUCUCGUCUACGGCGCCUUUGUCUUGGCCAACUCACAACCUGACUUCUUCGGUCCCGCUCUCGAGGUCUUUGGCAAAACGAGCACUUACACUCGACGCUGCGUGGCGAAAGGGUCAUGGCUUAUUUUGCAAAUGCAAGGCCAAAGACCAAGUUGAUCUUGCAUCUGAGUGGACAAACAUAGAGGAACUAGAUAAUUACUGGGAAAUCAUCACUUACGGCAAACCUCCUGGUGAUGAGAUUGAUUCUGCUGCGGAUUACUUGAGAUAG